AACAGGUAGAUUGUAUUUUUUUAGUUUCCACUUUCGUUUCUACACUUCCUGUAGCGCUUGCGUAUUUUAUAUUAUUCUUUCGGCAAAAUGGCUUCCUCGCUGCUGAAGGUCACUUAUUCUGCGGCUAGAAUUUUAAAUACGACUCAAAAGGCACCUGUACUAGCCUACUUGAACAAUAGAAGAUGGAGGUCUACCAAAGCUUUGAGUUACGAGCAGGCAGUCUUGAAUAUGCCAGAAACUAAAGUGACAACAUUGAGUAAUGGUGUUAGAGUAGCUUCUGAAGAUUCUGGAAUCAUUACAAGUACCGUUGGUCUUUGGAUUGAUGCUGGUAGCCGCUAUGAAGAUGCCAAAAAUAAUGGUGUUGCACAUUUCUUAGAGCACAUGGCCUUUAAGGGCACAAAAAAAAGGAGCCAAACAGAUUUGGAAUUAGAAAUUGAAAACAUGGGAGCUCAUCUGAAUGCCUACACUUCUAGGGAACAGACUGUAUAUUAUGCCAAAUGCUUUUCAAAAGAUUUACCCAAAGCUUUAGAGAUUUUGGCUGACAUCACACAAAACAGUUUGUUGGGAGAUCAGGAAAUAGAGAGAGAGAGAGGUGUCAUUUUAAGAGAAAUGCAGGAAAUUGAAACAAAUCUUCAAGAAGUUGUGUUUGAUCAUCUUCAUGCCAUAGCUUACCAGGGGACAUCACUAGGACAAACAAUCUUGGGGCCAACAGAAAACAUCAAAUCGAUCACUAGAAAUGAUCUUGUGGAAUAUAUCAACACUCACUACAAGGGUCCUCGCAUUGUCUUGGCUGCUGCAGGAGGAGUGAAUCAUGAAGAGUUGUGCUCUCUGGCUGAUCGUUACUUUGGUAAAAUGACAGCAGGCUAUGAUGGUGAGAUCCCAAUUCUGCCUCAUGCCAGAUUUACUGGUAGUGAUAUGAGAGUAAGAGAUGAUUUGAUGCCUCUGGCCCAUGUUGCUAUUGCUGUGGAAGGCUGCGGCUGGCAAAACCCAGACAACCUGGCCUUGAUGGUGGCCAACACUUUGAUAGGUAGCUGGGACAGGUCCCAUGGUGGAGGUGCUAACCUACCCAGCGUAUUAGCUCAGAACACUGUCAAGUCCAACCUGGCACACAGCUUCCAGUCCUUCAAUACUUGCUACACAGACACUGGGCUCUGGGGUAUUUACUUUGUAGCUGACAGAAUGAAGAUUGAUGAGUUUAUUUACUAUCUGCAAAAAGAAUGGAUGCGUCUCUGCACGGGUGUCAGGGAAGCUGAAGUUGAAAGGGCGAAGAAUCUUUUGUUGACGAACAUGUUGCUCCAGUUAGAUGGCUCCACACCAAUCUGUGAAGAUAUUGGCAGACAAAUGCUUUGCUACAACAGAAGAAUUCCAGUGGAUGAAUUGGAAAUUAGACUGAAGGCCAUCAAUUCAGAUACUUUAAAAUCAGUUUGUUCCAAAUACAUUUAUGACAAGUGUCCAUCAGUAGUGGGUGUUGGACCAAUCGAAGGCCUGACAGACUACAACAAUAUACGGUCUGGCAUGUACCAAGUGCUGAAAUAAUCCAGUCCUAUGUAGAAAUAUUUACUGAACUAUAGUCGUUACUGAAGUGUGAACUAUUUUAUUUAUGUUUUCUUUGGAGGUCACUUGGGAAUGUUAUGUGCUGAAAGACUCAUGGACUAGUGUUGUAUUAAAACAAUUUUGUACAGUC